AUGCGUAAAGACAAGAAGGACGAAGAAGCCGGAACUGGAAAUCCCUAUGCCCAUUUGGACAAAACAUCAGUGUUCCAAGAGGUAAGAACAACUUUGAUUUCCAAAAGUACUUUUCUAAUGUAGAGUUCAUUGACAUUUUUUUAGGCAAGAGCGUUCAACAAAACUCCAAUUGUUGUUCGGGAAUGUAAUGCGACGUUGUGCAAGAUCUUGUACUUGAUCCAGAAUGGGGAGAGUAUAGGAAAAACUGAAGCCACUGACACCUUCUUUGCCAUCACCAAGCUGUGGCAAUGCAAGGAUGCCACCCUCCGUCGUCUUGUCUUUUUGGCCAUCAAGGAGUUGAGUCCAUAUGCCAAUGAUGUCAUCAUUGUUAUCAGCAGGUAAACAAUUUUGUUCACAAACAAGUCUUCUCUUUAGUUUGACCAAAGACAUGACAGGGAAUGAAGAUGUGUAUCGAGGUCCUGCCAUCAGAGCUCUCUGCCGUAUCACUGACAGUGGAAUGCUGCAAGCGAUUGAGAGAUAUAUGAAACAAGCCAUUGUGGAUAAGGUCCCGUCUGUUUCUUCCGCCGCUUUGGUCUCGUCGGUCCAUCUGAUGAAGAAAUCUCCCGAGGUCAUUAGAAGAUGGGCCAAUGAGGUUCAAGAAGCUGUGAACUCUGAAAAUCCAAUGGUGCAAUAUCACGCUUUGGGUCUUCUUUAUCAAAUCCGAUCGAGUGACAAACUGGCCGUCUCCAAACUUCUCCAUAAAUUUGGAAAGUCUGGAAUGAGAUCUCCGUUGGCUUUGUGUUAUCUCAUCAGAAUUGCUGCCAAAUUGAUCUUGGAAGAAGAGGGUACUGACAGAAUUCCUCUAACAUUUAUCGAGAGUUGUCUUCGCCAUAAGAGUGAGAUGGUUACUUAUGAGGCCGCGUCAGCUAUUGUCAGGCUGCCUAACAUUACCAGGUAGGCUUACCAAAUUUUAUUGAUACUUAUUUUGGGUUUGUUUUCCUAAUAUUAUAUGUAUUAUUUUAGCGGGGAAUUGGCGGGUGCAGUGAAUGUGCUCCAGAUGUUCUGCUCGUCUCCCAAGCCAUCUUUACGUUUCGCGGCUGUCCGAACGUUGAAUAAGAUCUCGAUUAAUUAUCCUCAGGCGGUUAUGAGUUGCAACGUCGACUUGGAGCAACUGAUUACUGACCAAAACAGAUCAAUUGCCACUUUGGCCAUCACCACUUUGCUCAAGACAGGUGCUGAAUCUUCAGUUGAAAGGUUGAUGAAGCAAAUAAGUUCCUUUGUCAACGAAAUCGUAGAUGAAUUCAAAGUUGUGGUCGUUGAGGCCAUUCGUUCUUUAUGCUCCAGAUAUCCAAGAAAGCAUGCCACGAUGAUGAUGUUCCUCUCGGCCAUGUUGAGAGAUGAUGGAGGUCUUGAAUACAAGAAGGCCCUGGUCGAUACGGUUAUCUCCAUCAUCGAGGAGAACCCAGAAACUCGCGAAACAGGUGCAAAUUUUAUUAAUACUGCCUGUAUUUUCUGUGAUAAUUCAAAUAGAAAUGUAUUUAUUUUUAGGUCUUGUACAUCUCUGUGAAUUUAUCGAAGAUUGUGAACACAGCUCCCUGGCAAGUCGAGUUCUUCAUAUCCUGGGAACUGAGGGCCCAAUUACAUCAUCGCCCGAGAAAUAUAUCCGCUUUAUUUACAACAGAGUGGUUUUGGAAGCGACUGAGGUGAGUGUCGGAAUAGUCGAGGGGUAGUGGGUUGGGGUCAAACAACUCGAUGAGGAAAUCAAAAGGCCGCUUGAAGACCCUCACAUUGCAGUAGGUGGGUCGUUAUGACGAUACAAAACGAAGCGAAAUACUGAUGAGUUGUGAAUGUUUUUUUCCUUCUUAUCUGUAACAAAAAUUAUUAUUUAAUUUUAGAUCCGAGCCGCGGCUGUGACUGCCUUGGCCAGAUUCGGUGCUUUGUGCCCCAAACUCCGGCCGAGUAUUGAAGUUUUAUUGAAGAGAUGUCUUCUGGAUACUGACGAUGAGGUCCGGGACAGAGCUACUUUCUUUUUGAGAACUCUUCAGUCUGAAGACUCGGAUGCCAUCAACAAAUAUAUUAUCAGUCCCCUUCAAGUAAGCUGAUUUCAUAGUUUGUGUUUGUGGCAACAAGACUGAGAAAACAUUCACCUUUUUAGGUAUCUGAUGUCGGGCUUGAACAUGCUGCUCAGGAUUAUGUGAAGAGUAAACAAUUCGACAAAUCCUUCGAUCUGAAGGUAGUCCCAGUCUCGGCCGCCCCCAUCACCCUCACCGAAUCCAAACCAUCUUCUCUUUCCGUGGAACCAGUGGUCAAGAAAGAGGAGAAGAACAAGAGCUCCAGACAAGACUUCUUUGCUCGUAAGUUAUUGUAAAAAUCUUUUGUCCGUUCUUCUUGACACGUUCACCCUUGUUUUUUCAGAGCAGUUAUUUGCGAUCGCUGAUUUCUCUGACCUCGGCCCUCUAUUUAGAAGUUCUAAGCAGAUUGAACUCACGGAAUCGGUUACAGAAUAUGCUGUCACUCUGAUCAAACAUACUUUUGCUGAAAAUAUUAUCCUUCAAGUAAGAAUCCGAUGAAUUUUACUUGAUUUCCAGUUUGAUUGCAAAAAUACCUGUAAUGAUCAACUUCUGGAGAAUGUUCAUGUGAGUCUCGAACCGACAGAAGAAGAAGGAUGGAGAGUGGUAAAGACGUUGCCCUUGAGCGCUCUUCCUUAUGGCAGCGAAAAGGGAACUACUUACAUCCUGUUGGGAAUGCCUGAGGAUGGAGGCGUUUCAGGAACUUUCUCUGCCACUCUCAAGUUCAAUGUUAGAGAUGUGGAUCCAACUACAGGGGAACCCGAGUCUGACGAUGUUUACGAUGACACAUUCGCCGUGAGUUUUGAUAUAUUUUUUGAUAUGUUUCGAUCCUCCAAUUUUUAUGUCCAACAUCACAAAAGUAUACCGCCUUUGUUACUGAUAUAGAUCAUAAAUCCAUUGGUACUCUUAAUUGAACAUAUUUAUAGCUGGAAGAAGUGUCGAUCAGUCUCUCCGAUCAUAUUCUAGCUGUUCAAAAGCCCAAUUUCUCUGGAGUCUGGGACCAAUUGGGAGAAGAAAAUGAAUACAAUGAGACCUUCGCCCUCCCAGUAGCGUCCCUCCAAGGUAACUCCCAAAAGCACUCUUAUCAAUGGCUUAUUUUUCAGAAGCGGUCACAAAACUCCAACAGUAUUUGGGAAUGGCCGCCUGCGAACACUCGGAUAAGAUCCCUGAGGGGAAAUCACAACAUCAGCUAUUGCUGAGUGGUGUCUUCAGAGGGGGAUUAGAUGUUUUGGCUCGAAUUCGAUUGGCACAAGACCCCGUGGAGCAAGUUGUGAACAUGAAUGUGAUUGUCCGGUAAGUCGCUGGUCGCCCCCUUUCGUAGUACUGAUAAGAGGCAGUCUGUUUAUAUAUAAAGAGCAUUGUAUAUCAUGUUUUUUAUGAAAUUAUUACGUUUGUCGCUAUUUUCAGAAGCGAGGACGCGAACCUGAGCGAAUUGGUGGGCGCCUCCAUUUCUUAA